UCCGCAAAAUGUAGUGGCGCUGCUAGUCGCUGCCGCUUUAACAAGUGAAACAUUUCUGUUGUCGUGACGAGGUUAUGUUUUAUGUGAAAGUAUACUUUGAGUGAUUCAAUAUAAGAAUGGAGAAAAGAAAAGAAAACUUAAGUGCCAUGAAAGUUUGCAGAUUUUGUUUGGCUAAAGAUUCUUCGCUGGGGAGUCUGUAUCGCAGGCAUCCGCCAUCUAAGAAAACUGUUGAUCUUCCUUUAAAAAUCCUAUCAUGCGUCUCUGUUGAGGUUUUCCCUUCAGAUCGAAUGCCACCAUACAUUUGCAACCAGUGCAAAGUUUUCAUGAAUCUUUUUUACACAUACAAACAAAUGGUGCGCCAAGCUGAUGAGAGAAUACUAAAAUUUACUCAGAAUGGAAUGGCAUUGGAGCCUAUCUCUUGGCCAACAUCACUAAUCAAAGCCUACCAAAGUUCAACAGAUCAAGAAAUAAAAACUGUGUUGGAAGGUGGUGCUACAGUUCAAAUCAGCACUCAUAAUAUAUCCGAGAGUGAAGAAGAAGAGGAAGAUGAAGAUAAUGAUUUUAAUGUUGGUGGUGAAGGUUCUGAUGAUGAAACCAAAGGUGACACAGCCUGCAUAAAACUUAUCAGCAAUAAAAAUAAUGAAGACAGCCCUAAAAAUGUCAUAAAACAAAACAUUAAAGGAUAUACAACCAUUACCAAACAGACAAGACCUUCGGAAGAAGAUAAACUGUAUUCGUGCAAACAUUGCUCCAAGAACUUUACUAAGUUCCAGCAUUAUACAAGACAUCUUCGUAUAAAGCACCGCGAGAGCGUGCGGCGCAGUACGCGCGGGCCGUUCGGCGCCACGGAGCAGUUCCGCUGCGAGCAGUGCGAAGACGCGUUCGGCUCGCAGGACGAGCUGAUCUACCACUCGGCGAUACACGCCACGCAGAACCUUACCUGCCCGCUGUGCCAGGAGAAGUUCCACAACGUCGAUGCCGUCACAGCGCACAUCAAAUCACACGUCAACGGUGUUGAAUUUAUGUGCGACUUUUGCGAGUUGGUGUUCACUACAAAAGAAAAAUUGGAGUCCCAUCUGGUGUCUGCACACGAGGACGAAUUCAACAAUGAACUAGGACAAGACGACUCGUCGAUGGAAAUGGACCCUGAAGAAGAGGAAGAUGAUAAUAGUAUCAAUGUUAAAGACGAAGGAGAUCAUAUGCUUAUAGAAAUUAAGAAACCAGAUGAAUAUAUGCUGCACAACACUACUGCUGAUUCCGAGGAGAAGGGAGAUAACAGUAUUUCCGAAGAAAGCGAAUCCGAGGUAACAUACACAGAGUUGUCGACGGUGGACACGUUAGCUAUAAUAAAAAAGGACUUGAUGCCCAACGUCGAGGUGAGGCCCGCGCGGCCGGCGCGCCCCGCCGCCUCACAACCCUCACAAGCCUCACAAGCCUCACAUAGUGAGCAAACGUCCUUGAUUUCACAAAUUGCGACUGUUGUAAGAAAAAAUUCGGAGAAAGGUAAAGAAAUUCAAUCACCGGCUGCAGAUACAGAAAAGAAAGACAAGCCUGUUAAAGUUGACAAUGUCAGAGUGAGCGCCAGUAACAAAUCUCUGCAGUUAUUGGAAAAGGAAUUGCAAGAAUUGAAACGGACGAAUAAUACAAGGAAUGAGACGAAACCUGUAGUGAAACCAUUGGACUCUAUGCGCGGUAAACGCCCGGUCAUUCACACAUCAACACCUAAAUUCAGGCCGUCAGAAGGAAGAGUAUCAGCGAUUAUAAAAAUGCCAUCAGUAGAGAAGAAACUGCCGGAGCGUCGCAUCAUCACCAAAGAGAACAAGGAGCCCAAAGAGAAGGAGGUGAAGGAGGUGAAGGAAGUCAAAGAAGUCAAACUUAACACCACCAAAGAAGACACGGAAACUACAGCUACACCAAAGAGUGUUAUCAAAAAUGGAAACAAUGAGAAAGCCCAGACAGAGGAUGGCGUGAUACGUCGCUCUACCAGACCCUCCAAGAUCAAAGACUACGCCAAAAUGAUAAGGGACAGGUCGCUCGAAGAUGAUGAAGAUGAAACCGAGGAGUCGGAUGUUGAAGAGGAGUACAGAGAGAAGACUCCUGAGAGGACGCCAAAGCGUAAAACUGUAGUAAAAGGUCCUGCCAAAAUGAUACAAACUACAUUAACGACGACUUCGCAAGGCAAAGUGGUGCAGGCAGGGCCCGCCGCGCCCUCCCCGCCCACCGUGCUCGCCACCGCGCCCAGGAAACGAGGACGACCGCGCAAAGACGCCGCGAUAAAGGAAAUUCCAGCGAAGGUGAAAAAGGAAACGAAUGAAGAGAACACUUCGAAAUCUGUAGCAGACGAGUCCGUAGGGAAAGAUACAAGUGUUGCGGAAGAAAAAACAAGCACAGAAACUAAAAGUAAUGUGAAGGAAAAUACUAAUAUUGAAACCAAGACACAAACAACGGAGCAACCUCAAAUACCCGCGAAUUUAUUAAUGUACACUAUGGGACAGACAUUGAAAAAGGUGCCGCUGAAUUCUUUGCCGCCGGGUGUCAAACCAAUACCGCUACCCGCCAACGCUAGACCGUUGGCGACGAGGGAACUCUGCGAAAUGCAAAUUGGCAAGAAAAUGGUGAAAGUACAGAAAAUUGUUAUGACCAAAGCUGAAGUUGAGGCGAUGGCGAAGAAAGGCCUCGUGGAAAUGAAGGAUGGCACAAUGGUUCUGAAGCAAGGCAUCAAACUACCGACAGCUACAGACCCCGCUGUCAUCAAAUCUACACUAGUUGAUGCCAUAAAAGAAUCUCCUACGAAGAAAGAAAAAUCGGUUCCAACCAGAUGCGAUCUGAGCGACGAAGCUUAAAUAUAUACAAAUAUAUAUCCUCAUAGAGAAAACAUUGCAUGUAAUUAUUGAUAUCUAUAAGAUAGUCGUAAACUUUUAUAAGUAACAAUUAGAAUAGUUAAUAAUUUCGUAUAUAUUUUUUUUUCUCCUAGG